AUGGACAAACAAACUGUGGUAUAUCUGGUAUAUUCCCUCUUGGAACCCAGACACUAUGCUGUGAGGAAGCACAAGCAGCCUGAAAAGGCCAACGAGGAAAGCAACCAAGGCUUCAGCCCACAGCUUCAGUUGGGUUUGCAGCCAACACCUCGCACCAACUCGUCAGUCAUGGGAAUGAACCCUCAUGAAGCAGCCACCUGCCCAACGUUCACAGGCACCACGGCCUCUGUCCCGGAGCUCACUUGCAUCUACUCAGCCCUCACCCUCCACAAUGAUGAGGUCACCAACACGGAGGAUAAGAUCAAGGCCCUCAUUAAAGCAGCUGCUGUAAAUGCUGAAACUUUCUGGCCUGGCUUGUUUGCAAAGGCCUUGGCCAACAUCAACAUCAGGAGCUUCAUCUGCAAUGUAGGGGCUGGGGGACCUGCCCUAGCAGCAGGCACUGCCCCAGUGGGAGAUCCUGCCCCCUCCACUACUGCCACCCUACCUGAGGAGAAGAAAGUGGAAGCAAAUAGAGAAGAAUAUGACGAGUCUAAUGAUGGGAUGGGCUCUGGUCUUUUUCACUAG